AUGUCAAACUUUAACACCUCUGAAGUGGAAAUCUCUACCUUCCUCCUCAUUGGGAUCUCAGGGAUGGAGCCUACUCACAUUUGGGUCUCCAUCCCCCUUUGCCUCAAGGACCUUGCUGCCAUACUGGGGAACUGCACCAUCCUCUUUUUCAUAAAAACAGAAACCUCUCUGCAUGAGCCUAUGUAUUAUUUCUUCUCCAUGCUGACCUUUUCUGACCUAGGACUGUCCAUCUCCUCCCUUCCAACCAUGCUGAGAAUCUUCUUGUUCAAUGUCAUAAGAAUUUACCCUGAUGCAUGCUUUGCCUAAGAGUUUUUCAUUCAUGGAUUCUCAACUAUGGAGUCAUCAGUUCUUCUUAUCAUGUCCAUUGAUCGCUUUAUAGCCAUCUACGUCCCUCUGAGAUAUACCUCCAUCCUGAUCAUUGACAGAGUCGUUAAAAUUGGCCUUUUAUUUGUUAUAAAAAAUAUCUUAUUGGUCUUCCCUCUUCCCUUUAUUCUCAGGAGGCUGAAAUUCUGCAAGAAAAGUCUAUCCCACUCGUACUGCCUCUGCCAGGAUGUCAUGAAGCUGGCAUAUUCUGACAACAGAGUCAAUAUCACUUAUGGACUAUUUGUGACUAUAGCAGUUUUGUCACACUUGGUGUGCAUUUUCAUGUCUUAUAUGCUGAUCCUGAAAAUCACCUCAGAUAAGGGCUGCCUCAAGGCCCUCAACACUUGUAUCUCCCACAUCUGUGCUGUGUUCAUCUUCUAUGUGCCUGUCAUCACCUUGGCUAUUAUUCACCACUUUGCCAAACAUGUUUCUCCAGAUAUUAGAGUUAUCAUAGCUGAUAUCUUCCUUAUGGUUCCCCCUCUAAGGAAUCCCAUUGUGUACUCUGUGAAGAAUCAGCUGAUUAGAAAUGGGAUCCUGGCAAAAUUAUGUGAGAAAGAAGGUUGA